AUGAAGAUCUUUCUUUUUUUGAGCACGCUAUUUGUUUGUGCAUUCUGUUUAGACGACUACACAGGUUGCCUUGUAUCCCCCGAGCUGAAUAUCACAGCCGGACUGACGCCACUCACAUUCACGGUCGAUGCAUUCGUCAAGCGCUGCUCCGCCUUGAUUGUCUUUGAUAAUGACGGUUUCCUCCCGAUUGGCUACGACUUCGAGUCCGCACUUUAUGCCGGUCAGCAAGAAGCAACCUUUACGCUGCCCGCUGGUGUGCCAUCGGGCGGUGCAUACAUCAUAUGGCAAUGUGUGGGCCAAACACCAACCUACUACCGCGCAACCAUUGAGGGUGGUCAGGGAUUCCCAUCCCUCGCACUGCAUUACGACAAGCUCUUCGCUUGCGUUACGCCGCUGCUACACACCACUACAACUUUUGAGACGAUCACCCAGGGAAAGACCGAUACCACUCGGACUCAAGUUUCCAUAUUCACGUCCUUGUCCACUUCCUACCCCUCCUCGACAGGUGCUUGGAGCGGUUCGCUCCCUACCGUCCAAGUGCCCACCGGCACGCAAGGAGAUACUCAAACUAUCACCAAAACGACGACUUCCUCCAAUACGAAGACGACUAGAGCGCCUACCACCGGAACGCAGACGACUAGAGCGCCUACCGAGACGCAAACGAUUAGAGCGCCUACUACCGGGACGCAGACGGCUAGAGAGCCUACCACCGGAACGCAGACGGCUGGAGCGCCUAUCACCGGAACAACGACUCCCGGAACGACUAUGACCGGUGCUACUAGGACGCCAACCGCUAAAGGAUCUGUCACGGGGGCGCCCACUUAUGUCUACCACGGCGAGUAG